UUUCAUCAAACCUUGGGUAGAACACAGUGAUUUGGCCUCUUAUCUUCUUCUUAUCCUCUUUAAAGUUUAGCCUACUUUACUUGCAUCUUCCUAGAUUCAACAUCGCACAGUAAACGCAUACCUCCAUAUCCCAGAAGCUGCAAUUCAGCCAAAAUUUCUGCUGAAAUGAGCAACAACAGAAGCAGCAUGAGCCCAGAAUUUUACACCAUGAAUGGAGGAGAUGGCCCUUACAGCUACUCCAACAAUUCCCGACCUCAGAGAUUAUGCAUAGAAAUUUCUAAGCCAAUAAUUGAUGAAGCAAUUAUGAAUGACCUCGAUUUAAGAAGCUUCUCUUUGUCAUCAAAUCCCAUUUCCAUUGUAGAUUUGGGGUGCUCUACUGGACCAAACACAUUCAUGGCAGUCCAAAAUAUACUAGAUUCCAUCAAGCAGAAAUACAAAUCCCACAUCCCUGAUUGUACAAGUCCUGAAUUCAUGGUAUACUUUAAUGACCAUUCAUCAAAUGAUUUCAAUACCCUCUUCGCUUCACUACCUCCUAAUCGGCAGUACUUUGUGGCCGCGGUGCCGGGGUCUUUCCACGGCCGGUUGUUCCCGGAAUCUUCUGUUCAUUUCUUUCAUUCGUCUAAUGCGAUUCACUGGCUGUCCAAGGCUCCUGAGGAGUUGGUGGACAGUAAGUCUUUGGCUUGGAACAAAGGGAGGGUGCAUUAUACAAAUGCUGCAAAGGAAGUUUGUGAUGCAUAUGCAGCUCAAUUUGGGAAGGACAUGGAGAAGUUUUUGGAUGCAAGAGGCAAAGAGAUUGUUGUUGGAGGAUUGAUGGUGUUGACUGUGAGUGGUAUCCCAAAUGGAAUCCGGCUUUCUCUCCAGAAUCCGGUUGGUCUCAUGUAUCAUCUUCUUGGGGCGUCCCUCAUGGACUUGGUAAAGAAAGAAGUAAUCAAUGAAGAACAAGCAGAGUCCUUCAACAUGCCUAUAUAUGUUGUCAACCCUGAGGUAUUGAGAGAGGCAGUGGAAAGAAAUGGGAAUUUCAGGGUAGUGAAAAUGGAGAUGAUAGAGUCAAUAUUAAAGACAAAUUAUGGUGAUGAAAUAACAAAUCUGAAUUGGUGGAUAGGAACGUUAAGAUCCGUGCAUGAAGACGUCAUCACCAAGCAUUUCGGGAGUGGAAUUAUGGAUAUACUUUGCCAGCAGUUCACUGCGAAUGCUUUAGAGAUUACUAAGAAUUUUAAUUGGGAUGAGCUUAAAGGACAUCAAUUAGUUGUCAUUUUGAAGCGUUAUAAGUAAUAAUAAUAAUAUUUUACAAUAUAAUAAAACUGUACAUAUAUAUUUUUCACACAUAAUUUAAAUAUAUAGAUGAUGUGUUAUAUAAUAAUAUAAUAUUUGUGUAUCUAAAUUAUGUACUAAAAAUAUGUACACAUAUUACUCUUUGCAAUAAGAAUGUAUCAUUUAUGUACAACAUAUAUAUAAAUAGAAGAAAAGUUCGGCUUUUGAAUUA